AAAUUUUGAUCAUUUACAGAUGGGAACAGAAGAAUAAGAUGAUAAGGUAGAAUUAGUAGUAAUCUGAGAAAACUGCUUCCAUUAGUGAUGCAAUUUUAUUGAUGAUGGCUUUGCUUGUUCUUAACCAGAUUAUUAUAGAUCUAUUCAACAGAAUUUAGAAGACAAGUCCAAUAAAAAAAUUUAUCAAUCCCCCUAUGAUAACAACAACUAUUGGAAUCCUAGCGGGUAUUGUAAUGAACGAAAUCGAAGCAGAUAAUGCAAUGAAUUAAAUUAGAAGAGGAUUUAGUCAACUCUUUUUGAUCGUUCUACUCCCUCCAAUACUAUUCGAAAGCGCUGUCAAUAUGGAAACUUAACCAUUUUUUUAGCAUUUUGGCACUAUUCACUUAUAUGCAAUAUUUGGUACUCUUAUAGCAAUUUUAAUAACGACAGGAAUGAUUUAUUUAGGAGGACUAACUGGAUUUGUAACUGCUUUUCCUUUAAAUCUUGCAUUUGUAUAUGGUUCAUUAAUUUCUGCAACUGAUCCAGUUAGUGUGAUCGGUGCAUUGAAAUCAAUGGAAAUUGAAAAGAUGUUAGGCAUAUUAAUAUUUGGAGAAAGUAUUUUAAAUGAUGCUGUUUCAUUAACAAGUUAUGAGUAAUUUCAGGCUGCUUUGGAUUUUUAUAAUGAUUCCGACUAGGGAGUAGGUUGGGUCAUUUUAGGGUUUUUUCUUGAAUUCAUACUAUCAAUAAUAAUUGGAUUCGUUAUUGGUUGUUUAAGUGCUUAUAUACUAAAAAAAAGAAAUGAAGAUUCAUAAGAUUCAAUAGCGGAAUUAGAGAACAUUAUUAUGUUUAUAGUUCCUUGGGUUUCUUAUUUGAUUGCUGAGGCUUUGGAAUUUUCUGGAAUUGUCAGCAUAAUUUUCUGUGGAAUUUCAAUGGCUAGAUAUGCUAUUCCAAAUUUAAGUAAAUCUGGAAGAAAAAGCAUUAGUAAAAUAUAUCAUAGUAUGUCCUCUAUUUUUGAAAAUCUAACUUUUUUAUUUAUUGGAAUUGGGUUAAUAGGUUUUGAUCUAUAUUGGAAUGAAAUGGGAGCGGGUUUAUUCUUAAUUACAUUCUUUGCAAUCUUAUUUGCUAGAUUAGCAAAUAUUGUAUCAAUGAGCUUUAUUGCGAAUUGGUUCAGAUCAACAAAUAAAAUCAAUAAAAGCUAGCAAGUAUUUUUAUGGUUUAGUGGAUUUCGAGGAGCUAUGGCAUAUGCAUUAUCUUUAGAAAGUUGCUUAUAAUUUGAAUAUUAUGGAAACAUUAUGUUAACGAUGACAAUUUUAAUUGCAAUAAUUAAUAUUUACUUCUAAGGAGCUUUCAUCAUACCUUUAAUUGAAAUUUUGAAUCUUAAGUUACCAUAAGAUUCAAAUGAAGAAGAAAAACCUUAGGUUGGAUGUUUAGCAAGAUGUAAAUAUGCAAUCGGUUAGUUUGAUCAAAGGUUUAUCUCCUCAAAUUUAAUAAAAUCGGAUGAAAAAAAAGAUAUUGAAUUGUAAGAUGUAGAAAAACAAUGA